AUGGCGCCCCAGCGCCGCGCCGCGGCGAAGGCCCAAGAGCAAAUCAGACGCCUGGCAGCCGCUGCUACUACUGCAGUUGAGGAUGAGGAUGAAGACCAGGAGAGCGAGUCGGGGUGCGAGGGAGAGCUGGCCACUGGCACUGGCACUGGCAACGGCAGCAACAAUAGCAAUGGCAAUCCUCAAGCUCGAACAGAUGCCGCUGCUGCUCUGCCGCCUGCGAGUGGCCCCGCGCCUUCUAUUUCUGAGAAUCCCAUUUCUCGGAAUCCCAUUUCUCGGACUCCGACUCGUUCUCGGAAGCAGAACCGGAAGCAAAAGCGGCGAGCAGCUAGCUCUUUCUUGAUUGACCAAUCAGAGGACGACAGCGACGGUGACUACGAGGACGGGUUGAAGUUCCGUCCUGCUCCUGUGGCUGAUCAUCAUCGCAACCAGGUCGCUGUGGCUGUUGCUCUCCCUCCCGCCCUCGUCCCUCCUCCCACUGUCAAUCCUUCCGAGCAGUCGACUGCCUUUGAGCAGGAACCGCUCCUACCCACGUCCACAUCUACAUCAACACCACAACUACCAGCGAUCAUGGAGAAUCUCAAGAUCGAUGCGCCAGGCACCUUACCGUCUACUAGGCAGGUGAGCUCUGCCAGCUGCCCUCCUCUACAAGUUGCUGAAGCUUCUCGACCUUCGAAACCUUCUCAACAGUUCCAACAGCCUCAACCCCAAGCCUCACUCCAACCAACAGUCCUAAUUCCACAGCCGGAGGAGGAGGAGGAGAAGGAGGAGGCGGCAGAGCCCGAAAUUGACUGGAGAGAUGAUGACCCUGGCUUCUUUGCUGAUGCCUUCGCGGCGUAUGAGGCGGCGCAUCCGAAGGGCCGAGAAUUCGGAAAUGAUCCUGGUUACUUUACUGAGGCUCUCGCGGAGUAUGAGGCGGCGAAUCCGGAGUAUCGAGGAUUCGAAGAGAAUGAUGAUGACGAGUUUCACCUUCCUAACAUCGACCAGCUCUCUCCUCGUGAGGAUCAGAUGGCGAACCAGAUGGCGCAUCCGGAGGCUCAAGGAUUCGGAGAUGAUGGCUUUCCCCUUCCUAACAUCGACCAGCUCUCCCCUCGCGAGGAUCACAUGGCGAACCAGAUGGCUCCUCCGGAGGCUCAAGAAUCUGAAGAGUCCGUAAAUUUCGAAGAUUUCCUAGCAUUCGAAGACGAUGAUUAUUACUAUCCUAGUAUCGACCAGCUCCUGGCGCACCAGGAGGCGAAUCGAGAUGUCCCGUCCCAAUCCCCUGGUCCCGUGCAAGCUCAGGCUGAGUCGGGCUUUGGCUUCAGAAUCAUCCAUCCAGCUCCCCCCCCCCUGGACCGAGAGGUGGAGGAGGAGGAGGAGGAGGAGGAGGACAAAACAGUCGACCCCUCACACCUGCGCAACGAUCGUGCAUACCGUCUUCCGAUAUGGCGAAAGCCUUCAAAGGAUGCCCUUACGUUGGCGGCAACUCGUUUAGCAGUUUUGACAGAUAAGCCCGAUCAGACCGAUGAAGAGAAAGAGAGACUCCGUCUUACUCAUUCUCUAACCCUUAAUCUUGAACGUAUCCAGGACGCAAAAGAUAAUGAGCUGCUGGAUGAAGUUCUCAACACCCAAUCGCAAUUGCAACCCCAACCCCAACCGCAACCGCAGUCGCAACCCCAACUGCAACCGCAAUCGCAGCCCCAACCCCAACUGCAACCAUCACAGCCCCCAAAAAAUUUGGCUAUCGCCUUGAACAUGCUGUCUAUCGUUGGUUCUCGGGAGCCGGAUCCACAACCUUUCGGUCCAGGCCGGAGACGAGUCCGAUUGCGAGACAAGGAAGACUUGGGGCUCUGCGACUUUUGCUUCUUCGAAAGCCCUUCUGGCAUUAAUAAUACGAGGGUUUGGCUUCCAAUCGAGGCAUCCGCGGGAUUCUGCAAUGACUGUUCCUAUGCACCUAACACGGCUGCUCAGGAAUUGUGGCAAUGGCAAGCUCGCGAACUUCCUGGUCGAUCGAGCGGGGGGCAACGGGCGACAGAUCAGGAUAACAGCGCUCAGAGCAUCGUACCACCUUUGCCGACAUCGGGCGAAGAGCAAAAGUUCCAUCAGGAGGCCCUGAACGAGAUGCGUAGCGAGAGGAGAACGGAGAGGAUCAAGGCUCAUCGCAUGGCCCUGGCCAUGUCUCGAGACCCGAAUGGAGCUCAAGCCCCUCUCCAGUCUGGUCAUGAUGCGAUCCAGGCUGCGAAACCUCCUACAAAGGCCGCUCCCAUCAAGAACCGCUCAGCUCCGACCCCAAAUACUCUCAUGGGAAACAUGAUUCUUCAACCUCUUCCUGAUAUGGGCCCCAUGAGAAAUAGGAGUCCCCAACGUGUUCCUGACAUGGGCCCUACUGUCAAUUUUCCCUCGCAAUAUCCUCCCCUCUCGAGCACUGCUGGUCCAGCCGGUAAUGCGACUUAUGAUAUGACUUUCACAAUGCCUAAUCGUCCUCAAAGUCCCAUCCCUGGUGUCCACGAGCCACAUCACAAGACAUUGGGUGACCGCAUGCCACCUACCACCCCCAACUCUGACAUGGGAGGAGGAGCUCCAUCCGCCCGCGCCGUCAACCUCCAACAAGCUCCCGCAGCAUACUUUGGAUCCAAGGGCCCCAACUUCUGCCGCGGAUUCCCAUAUCGCCAAGUCGAUUUCACCAAGGCCAAAAUCUGCACGUACUGCAAGGAACUCAAGACCUUCAUCAUGAAUCACCACCACCACACCGCCUUCACCCCGCUGAACCAGGUCCUCGGAUUGGCGACGGGACACCUGAUGUAUCAGGGGCUGGGCAGAAUCGAGAAUGGCGUGGAGGUCCACGACGGUCGCUGGAAGCACUGUAUGAUCUGUACCGAGCUGGCGGUCUACGGAUGCGAUUCCUGCCCGUUGAGACUCUGCGUCGGGUGCCAGGUAUACCUGACGCGCACAUAUACUCCUGUAGAAGCCUGGGCCAACUGUCAAACCAGCUCUCUCCUUGCCAAGUCAAACGGAAGCUCCCGCACCAGUGCGCUCGCCCAUGAUCUCCCCCAGAAAUGGAUCGAAGAGAAACGGCCUUGGCGGUUUGACAAAGCUUGGAUGCUUCAAGACUUCUUGGAAGCGCGAAGCUUAUUCAACCAGGCUAUAAGGGCCUUCGUCCCAUCAACCGGGUCUCCGUUCUUCUGCCAGCGAUUCUGA